UAUAGUGUACUAUAAAGGAGAAAUAUUUACUAAUUAUUACUCUAAAGUUUAGAACUAACAGAGAUGUAAUUCGAUUUAUGUAAUAUGUAUAGACGAAGAUUAUAAAUUUAUUAGUAGUGCUUGCAUAACUUGCCAGUGAUGCCCGGCUAUUGCGGGUAACCGCUAGUAUAAAUAUGAAUAGUUUCAAUAUAAAUAUUUUUUUGCAUACAUGCCUGAAAUUAGAUCUGAAUUGUAGAGGUAAACUAUUGAUCAAUGUUUACAAAAAUAGCGUACUGGUUAAUCAGAAAUGUGGGUUUACACCUAGUUGCUAUCGUUAUUUUCGCACAUCCCACGAAGCUGCACAGGCCUCCCUCAAAGAUGGUGUUACAGUUCUACCUUCUCCACAAGAAGUCACAAUAACUCUACGUAAGAAUGAAUUCAACAAGGAGUUUACAGAAGGCUCAGUUAAGUCAUAUGAUUCAAACCAGUUGGCAUCCAAUGACCCCAUUGAAGACACAAGGAGUGAAGCUGUGUGUAAGAAAACUCCAGGUCUUUUAAUGGGUAUAUUUGAUGGUCAUGGUGGACCAGCAUGUGCACAAGUAGUGUCAAAGAGGCUGUUGAGUUACAUAGCCGCUGCAUUGCUGCCCUAUGAUACACUCAACUCAUUCAUCGAAGAUGGAACACCAGAAUGCUUGUUAGAAACAUUUAAUGAUAAGACGCAAAUGGUUGAAGAUUUGAAACAUAAAUAUACCAAUAGCUUUAAACAAUAUUUAGCUGAUCUUGCCACAGAAGAUAAGGAAAUAAAUGUUAGGACAUCCUUAGAAAAAGCGAUUAUGAGAUUAGACAGUGAUUUAUCGAAAGAGGUCAUAGAAACAUAUAAUUCAGAUGGUUUUAUUAACCCAAAGACGUUAUCAGUAGCUCUAUCCGGGGCUGUAGCCUGCGUUUCUCAUAUCGACGGACCGCACUUACACAUAGCGAAUGUCGGUGACUGCAACGCAGUCCUGGGCACUAUGACAGAGGAAAACGAAUGGAUAGCCAAGAAGAUUACCAAAGAGCACAAUGCUGAGAACUUUGAUGAGCUAAAAAGAAUCUGGAAUGAGCACCCUGAAAGUGAAAGAAAAACUGUGAUAAGGAGGGAUAGGUUGCUCGGCGAGCUGGCACCGCUUCGCAGCCUUGGCGACUACAGGUACAAGUGGUCUUCCGAACUAUUGUCUAAACUUGCGGUGCCCUUUGUAGGCAGAAAAGCGAUACCUGCUAAUUACCACACCCCUCCGUACUUGACGGCAUUACCUGACAUUUAUUAUCAUCGACUCACACCUAAGGACAAGUUUUUAAUUAUCGCAUCAGAUGGUCUUUGGGAUAUGAUGACGCCCUUGCAAGCAGUGAAACUAGUCGGGGAACAUAUGAAAGGAAAAGUAUUUUUUAAUUUGCUUAAAUUGCCUAAAAAGAAUAUUCAGCUGGGUGACAUUGAUGAGCUGCUUGUGCAUAGAAAGGAGAGCUUAAAAAGUAAGCCGAAAGAUAAGAAUGCUGCGACGCAUCUGAUCAGGCACGCCAUCGGGGGCACGGAGUACGGCGUGGACCACUCGCGGCUGGCGCACCUGCUCAGCCUGGCGCCGGACGUCAGCCGCAUGUUCCGCGACGACAUGACCGUCACCGUCGCCUACUUUGACCCUGAGUUCCUGAGGCAAUGCCCCUCGUAACAACAUAACCGAACUUCGAAGUGCAGUGCCUUCAUAGUAUUGUUAUAUCUUAUCGAGACGACUCACCUAUGCAACAGAGGCGUUCCUUUAUUUUAUAAAUUAAAUUUGCAAUACUUUGAGUCCAAUAUAGUGAUAAAUUGUAUUUAAUGUUGGAUUUGAAACUGUUGCGUUGUGAUGUCUCGAUGAUAUAACAAUUUAAAUAUUCUAGUGUGUUUGCCUAUUUACAAAAAAUAUUGUUAUCAGUGUUCAUCAUAUUAAU